AUGGUUUCCAGCAAUAAAGACGUUAAAUCAAAACCGGAACCAAAAUCAAUAACAAAAGCUACCAUAAUAAAGCCUCGACCUCGAAACUUGAAAAAUAUAAGUUGGUUGAGAGGAAAAGGUACUCCAUUUAUUAAUGUUGGUCAUCAAUUUGGAGACGAUCUUUGCAAGCCAUAUUCUACAAUGGCAUUGCCACCUUCCGAUAAUAAUGAAGUUGAAAGUAUGUGGUGGGAAAGCUUGUUAGAUGACGAAGAAAUCAAUAUAACAAACAACAACAGCUGUUUGGGUAGUGUGUCAGAAAAUGAUCAGAAGCCCAUCAAAAGGCUAUUUGUAGAUGGCAAUUCACCAGGAGGGGAAAACGUAGGGGACAUGUUCUUCGAACAAGGACAAAGUUCCUGGAGUGACAUUUCUUUUGAUGCGGACUUUUGGAAUCUAAUCAAUUUAGAACUAGCUACAUCAACUACUUGA